UCACACACUCUUAUCUCCCCCAGAUGCGGCGGAGGAGUCUACGGCUGGUGUUGUUGGCAGCGGUGUUGUCCGGGGUGGUUGCAGCGCCGGAGUCCUCGAAGGAGGGUGAUGAUAAUGGUAACCGCCUCGAGGACAAGCCUUCCACGUCCUCCGAAACCGGGGCGGCGGAGGCGGCAGGAGGAGCGGCGGCGGCGGCGGGAGGGGCAGCGGCGGCGGCGGCAACGUCCGGUGGAUUCUUUGAGCCCCAGUUGCGGCAGUUCCUCGGAGCUCUUGAGAACGUCGACGAUUUAUUGCGCUCGACGAUCCCCUCCUUGGACCGAUUCCAGUGCCUCGAGAGGGUCAUGUGCUCGAUGGCCUCCGCGUCCAACACUUUCUCGCCCGCGUCGUUGCUAAACCCCGGUGCCCAGCCGACUCUCGAUCAGACCUUGCAGCAAGCACUCAUCCAGGACCCUUCGUUGGUUCAGCAAGGGUUCCCCCAAGGUUUCCCCCAGCAAACAGGUUUCCCCCAGCAGACAGGUUUCCCCCAGCAGACAGGGUUUCCCCAGCAACAGGUGUUUCAGCAAGGCUUUCCCCAACAGCAGGUAUUCGCCCAAGGCUUCCCACCACAGCAGGCCAUUCCGCAACAGCCUGCUUUUCAACAGCCUUUCCCCCAGCAAGGAUUUGGACCUCCUCCUGCGGGGAGCUUUAAUCCUCAGUUCCAGCAGCCUCCUUCGCAGUUUGCCCAAACUGGCUUCCAGCAGUUCGCCCCCUUCGCUGGAGCCGGCUUCAGGGAAAACCAGGAUGGACAGCCAUUGGAGAGGCAAGGCACGCGUCCCCAGGGUAUCAGACGCCGGCCCAUCAGGAGGAGACAGAGAAAUGGGUUCCUCGACUUCCUCAGUAACCUCGGACUGAACUUUGGCAAGAGGAAGAAGCGAGACCUCUUCAGUGAUCUUGUCAGUGGUUUUACUGGCGAUAGGUUUAUGGGGCUGUUGGACCAAAUGAUGGAAUCCUACUCAUUCCAUCCCUACACCCAUGCAGCCUACAUGGGAUACACAGGAAACGAGUGUAACAGACUGUACCCAUCCUGUCCCUCAUCAGCUGAAGAGAUGAUAGACGUCUUCAACAACAUCCAUCGUCACUAUCCCAAUGGAAUUCCCUUCAAGGACAAGAUGCCCUGGCCACUCAAUCUUCUACUUCCUUGAAUAAGAUGAUCAAGGUGUUGAACAUAUAAUGCGAAGGUUUAUUUUGAAUUGAUGCCAUUACUUUAUUUUUUUAGUUCUUUUGUUUGUACUGUAUCUCUUGUGUUGUUCUACUUCUCUUUCUCUUGUUAAAGUUUUGGCUCUGAGCACAUGAUUCGGGUACAUGAGGUUCAGAAAAACUUUACUGCCAAGAAUGUUAAUUAAGUUAAACAAAUUGAUGUUAUUGCUUAGUAUAGUAGUAAAAUAUUUUAAAUGCUGGUGGGAAGUAAUAUCCAUCUUUUCUUAAGAAAGAAUAGAUAGUUAAAUAAAUUAAGUGGUCUGUCCCAUGUUGUUGGCUCACUUGUAAUCUGCACACUAUUUAAAAACCAACAUAAAGGGACUGUUUUAUAUAAAAAAUAGAAGCAUGUCGACAGUGACUGUAUAAUUCCCAUAUAAUUAUUUCAUGCUCUAUUAGAUCCCCAAGUCUAAAAUAUUUUAAAAAGAGAGGUCUCUUACAAAAUAAAUAAAUAAAAAGGGUUCUGAAUGGAUGAGAAUGAAAAAGAUGGGUCACUGAUGUUUCUAUUUUACAUUUAUUCUGAUAAAAGUUUAUAAAACCAAAUGUAAUGGUGGUGUCCUGCCUAGUAAAAUUAUUCUCUGUCAUUCAUACCAGCUUUUGCAAAUAUGAAUGUAUCAUUCCUCAUCAUUUUGGUAUGAUUUGGGUUUCCAACAAGUUAGGCCGAGUUAGGCUUUGUGUAUUUAUAUCACUAUUUAUCUAUACUGUUAUUUUCUGUCAGAAGCUGGUCUUCUGUUUAGAAAUAAAUAUUUACAAAUUAUA